AUGGCCUAUGACCGCUAUGUGGCCAUCUGCAAGCCAUUGUACUACAUGACCAUCAUGAAUCGGCGGGUAUGUGGCCUGCUAAUGGGAGUGGUGUGGGUGGGAGGCUUUCUUCAUGCAACCGUACAGAUCCUCUUUAUCAUCCCAUUACCCUUCUGUGGUCCUAACAUCAUAGACCACUUUAUGUGUGAUCUGAACCCUUUGCUGAAACUUGCCUGCACUGAUACGCACACUCUAGGGCUCUUCGUCGCUGCCAACAGUGGUUUCAUCUGUGUCUUAAACUUCCUCCUCUUGAUAGUCUCCUAUGUGGUCAUUCUGCGCUCCCUCAGGAACCACAGCUUGGACGCAAGGCGCAAAGCCCUCUCCACCUGUGCCUCCCACAUCACGGUGGUCGUUUUAUUCUUUGUGCCCUGCAUUUUUGCGUACAUGAGACCUGUAGCUACUUUACCUAUUGAUAAAGCAGUGGCAGUGUUCUAUACUAUGAUAACUCCCAUGUUAAAUCCCUUAAUCUAUACCUUGAGAAAUGACCAGAUGAAAAAUGCCAUUAGGAAAUUGUGUAGUAGGAAAGCUAUUUCAGGGGAGAAAUAA